AUGGACACUCGCUCCCAUGCCCUCGUCUCGCCAUCUGCCUGCCUGCUUGUCUUCUUGUACCUAACCAUUGCUUCCAUCCUGCUCUCCGUCAUUGACCCUACCACUCAGUACUACUCCGAGAUCGAGAGGCAGCGUCUCGUCCAGCAAUUCGGCAUCACCCCUUCCUUUGACACCUCCAGCCCUCGACCGCCUGUCCGCAGAAUCACCGAGCCUGCAUCAUCCCAGCCCAGGCACUCGAAACCACGCCAAAGCUCGCGGCGAAGCAGCAUUGCAGAGGAGGCACGGUGCUCGAACACGAGGCGCUUCAGCCAGGUCGGCGUCAAGGGCACGCAGGUCUACUCUCUCCACGCCCAGAAGCCUGGACGACGUCGAACGAUUCGAGACGAGACGAAACGCCGAACCCGUCGCCCUCGCAGCGUCGCCCCUGACCGGGUUGACGAAGCCUUUCUCGAGUUCCAGUCCCUACAGCUGCGCGAGCGAGAAGGCGACAUGGCCUCUGGCGACCAUGGUCACGCCCAAGGAGUACCCCAGGCCUUCUAUGACAGUUUCCGCUGGUUAGAGGAUGAUGGAGCCCUCGAUCUGCGCCUGGGCUUGAGCUCCUAUCAUCACGAUAUCCAGGAGCAGCCAAGACCUGCACCGAAAGAACAGGAGCCCGUCUUCCCACGACGACCGUCUUUCCGCCACCGGUUGUCCAUGAACAAGGCCACCUCUUCGAGACCCCCCCUCCCGGGGAGCAGGCCCGGCACAAAGGAGACCGCAGCUCCCUCUCUCAAAUCCGUCAACAGCUUCGGGCCAAGCAAUGGCGCUGGGCAUGUCCGCAAGGCGUCCAGGGCCCUCUCGCUCAUGUCUCUGAACAAGCAGCCUGCGCCCGAGCCGCCAGCCAUGAUCGAUCCUGACGCUGCGCAUUACCAAGACCCCAACACCCGUAUGACACUGCGUCACUACGUGGCGUCGCCGCAAAAGUUCGACGAGGCACUGGCCUACGGCUUUCCCUCGCUGAACGAGAGCAAUGGCAGCGAGAGGAAGCAGUCCAAGGACAAUGGUUUCGGUGCCUACAAGUUGCGAACCUUUUUCGACGACGACCAAAUGUCAACACACAGCAACGACAGUACCGUGAGCGACCCGGACUCGCCCAAGACGCCUCCCAUCACGGACAAGCCGGUACCUGCGCACCCAGUACGCGUGCACACAGAGCCCAUCGUACCGACAUUGUUCGGCGUCACCAAGACAAUCGACAAUCCGCGCGAGAUGACAAUGCGCAUGACGCUGACACGGCCCGAUCUCCGCUCGCACGAUGAGCAGAUAUACGGCUGGCAGCAGAAGCCGGCACCAGCACGCAAGAGUCACGUCCACAGCGACUCCUGUGCACCACCGGCCCUUCCUAGACAGGACAGUCGCACCAAGGACAUGGAGCAACAUUUCGCAACCUUGGAUCGGGAGGGAAACGCCGACUCGGCUCCUGAAAACGGUAGCUUGCGGCGACUCUGGAAACGAGUCCGUCGUUCGUAA